AAAUGGUGAAAUAUCUCGUUGAACAUGGCGCUGAUGUAAAUGUCAAGAAGAAUGUAGGGAUGACAGUGCUGUUCUAUGCUGUUACAAAUGGUAGGCUAGAAAUUGUAAAAUAUCUUGUUCAACACAGCAAAAUGAAUGGCAAAAUGAAUAACUGGCAGACAGUGCUGCACUAUGCUGUUACUAGUGGUAAGUUAGAACUUGUAAAAUUUUUUGUUGAAAACGGCGCUGAUGUAAAUGGAAAAAAGAAUACAGGGACGACAGUGCUGCACGCUGCCGUUACAAAUGGUACGCUAGAAAUUGUAAAAUAUCUUGUUGAACAUGGCGCCGAUGUGAAUGGCAAAAAAAAUAAUACAGGGACGACAGUGCUUCACACUGCUGUUUCUAAUGGUAGGCUAGAAAUUGUAAAAUGUCUUCUUGAGAAUGGCGCUAAUAUUAAAAGCAAGAGGAAUGAUGGGAGGACAGUGCUGCACGCUGCAGUUACUGAAGGAACUGUAGAAAUAGUAAAAUAUCUUGUCCAAAGUGGAGCUGAUGUAAAUGGCAAAAAUGAAAAGGGGGUGACAUCGCUGGAAACUGCUGUCGAUGCUGGUGCAUUAGAAAUGGUAAAGUAUUUAGUUGAACAGGGCGGUGACGUAACCCUUAAAAAUAAAAUCGGCAUUCAUACUCUUGGCUUUGACGUCCUAAAGAUGGCUGUUGCAAAAAAAUCAAUUGCUUUGAUUAAUCUUCUUUUGGAAAAGAACAUCGCUGUGUGGAGAGCUGAAACAUUUCUUGUUGAAGGAAGGCAAAUGAGUCUUCUUGAAUAUAGUAUUCACCUUGGUCAUGAUGAAAUUACAACUAUCCUCAAAAGGUCCGUAAAACAUCAUGGGAAGAUUCAGAUGUUAAAAACAAUGAAUUUGAACGAGUUAGACAAGACUGAAACACCGAUGCAGGCUUUUGUCGCAAAGAAUCAAUUCAAAAUUGGCGAUGGUGGUUUUUCUUGUGUCUAUGUUGGUCUCAUGAAGGAUGGAAGUGAAGUUGCUGUUAAGAGAAUUUUGGUACAAAGUGAGGAUGAAACAGUUGAAAACGAAAAGGAAAUCAUGAGUCUCAUUGAAACAAAAAACUCUCCAUUCAUAGUGAGCUAUCGACAUUUUCACCGUGACGAUACCUUCAUGUACCUUAUUGUUGAUCUUUGCGAAGAAACCUUGAGGGAACUUGUUCAAGCAUGCAGUAUUGAACAUCUACAAGAGCAUGGUCCACGAAUGAUUAGGGAAAUUCUAUCAGGACUUAAAUUUCUUCAUGGUAAAGGAAUAUUGCACAGAGAUCUAAAACCAUCAAACGUCCUGGUUGAUAUCGAAGGUCGCAUGAAAUUAGCAGACUUUGGAAUAAGCCGCGUUCUAAAUGACGAUGACACGACAGUUGAAACAUUCGCUAAAGGUACUCCUGGAUGGAUGCCACCGGAAGUAAUUGAAGCAAUAGACAAGGACGAAAAAGCUCGUUUCAAAAAGAAAUCAGAUGUCCAAGUCGCGGGUAUGAUUGCUUUCUUCAUCUUAACUAAAGGUGAACAUCCUUUCGGAUCAAAGUUAAAACGAAUGCAAUAUAUUUUGGAGGGAAACUCUGUCAAUUUGAAGAAACUUGGAGAUAGUCAAGCUCAAAAGUUUGUGUCGUGGCUGAUUAAUUACAAGAUUGAUGAUAGACCUUAUGCCCACGAAGCACUAGAGGAUUCUUUCCUCAAUGGAGAGUAAUACAAUCAAAAUACAGAAUUUGGACAACCUCGUGCAAUAGAAAAUUAGUGGUCUGAUAAACCACCACAUCCGGUGUGUAUAAACCCAUUUGAACAGACGGUUAAUGGGUCAAGACAAAUUUUAUACGAUUUAAGUUUGUCAUAAGACACAAAACAUUCGUUGCCAACUUCUUCCAGGCAGUUGUUCAUGAAUAAAGUCUUUGUAGCUGUUUUUAAUCGGUUUUGAUGCAGCGUAACGUAGGUUGACGAGGUUGACUGAGUGCCCGGCACUGGUGUCCAAAGUUAAAACUGGUUCAUAAAACAUGCAGAGAACAGUGCCCUUGUUGUGUUCUACUUCUCAAGGUAGUGCCCAAUUUCCAUUGGGAGCAUCAUGUUCAACUUAGGCGCCAGAAAAAGUGAGGGGCGCACCAGUGCCGGGCACUCAGUCUGAACGCGAAUGCUUAUGAUCGUCAACUGAGUUUGUACCUAAAACUUCACCUAUUUUUUUAUCAUUUGUAUAUAUAGCAGUAUAGAAACUAUUGACGUAUAAAUUCACGUCGGACGGACUGAAAUAUUGUCUUAGAGUAGUUUAACCUCUUGACCGCACUGGAAACGACAGAUAGUAUCUUCUGUGGAAUUGCACGUGUAAAAAUUUGCAAGUAUAAAACAAACAUUGUAGUUUUUUUGUCGAA